AACGCUAUUGAAGCGACUGUACUGCAAAAUUGCACUAAUUUCCCAAGGCGAUGCGGCUGUUAGCUGUGCUCUUUCUGGAGUUACUUGCCAUGUCAACGGUCUACGGUCAGGAUAAUUGCGACAAUGAGUGCAAGCUAUUGGAAUACGAAAAGGCUCUGCCGAAUGCUCUGGCCGUGUACGAGUACCAAACUAACAUCAAGCCUCCCACAUUUCCCCAUGGUCCGGUCAACAGCAGCUUUAUUCCACCUAAAUCGAGAUUUGACAAUGCAAGAACCGCAGCGUGUAGAGUGGCAACAUUGAUAAAACCGAAAAAAUCGGUGUCUGGUUGCAAGAAGCGGCAAAGGCAGCGGUUGUGGUUUGGUGUUUUUGGUAAUGAACCACCACCAAAAGUAUGGCCGCAAAGAUAUACGAAGACCACGGAGGCGUUUACCGGAUAUCACGACACGACCAGAGUAAAAGGACGACAACAACAACAACGACAACAACACCUCGGCCGCCACCGCCAAGACCAGCACCUCCACGCCCUCGCCAACCACCACCCACGCCACCUCCGACUACGUCACAGACGCAGUACCAAAAAGGUCAGUAUAUCUGGCGUCUUCGGCCCGAUAUCAAAAACAUGGAUACCAAUCCAAUUCGAAAACUAAAUCUACCCGAAAUCGGAAAGGAAGAUCUUGUGACUUUAUAUUCUAAUCCCAAAACGCGUAAGAGAAUCGAUCCUGAUCUAUUGGCCAAUGCCAUCAAUUCUAUGUGCGGCAAAUUGUGUGUGGGAAGUUUGUAAAUAUGUUCUGCAAGAUCGCAAUAGGAACAGAAAUUCCUUCAGAUUUUCAGUGAGCAUAAUAACACGUGCUUAUUCAGCUAAGCAAUAAACAUUAUCGGUGCACAUGAAA